AUGACAUUGAAAGGCUCCAUCCUCAUCAAGAAGCUCUUCAGAAGACUGACCAGACUUGGUCUUCUCCACCGGGGGUCGUCUCCGCCGGGGGUCCUUCGACUGCGACAACAGCGGCGAAGCGACCUGGACCAAGAAGAACACCACAGAUCUGUCACCGGACAUGACGACCGCAAGCGCAUUGCUCAGUUCCGUAAGUCCGCACCUCCCGCAGCAGACGGCGGGAGGCACUUCAACCCCCGCUCGACCAGCAAGGCUGCCAACAUCCUGGCGGCCAUUGAGAAGCGCGCUCAUGAACAUCUGCAAUGCACCGAGGAGCUCGUUCCCUUUGAGAGUCGAGUCACCCUUGUCAAGGGUACACAGUGUCUUCUGAAGGCCAGAGCAGGCGAGUACGACAAGAGCGCAGAUCGACGGGAACUGACAGUAGCUGCAUAG